AUGCCUCCCCCGCCAGAUCUCACGUCGUACAUCCUGUCAACCCAGACCUCGGACGACAUCUUCAAGUCCCAGAUCCUUCCAGCCGAGUUCCCCUUGUUGGUACCAGCACCACAAACGCAGGCCGGCCAACGACCCCUCGCAGUACUGAUAACACUACAAAACGUACCAUCCCUCGUACGCAACCCUAACCGCCUCGCCAGCGACGGCACCUCCUCGCCUCGCCGGCCACAGGUCCCCGACGCCCGCCGCUGGCUACGCCUGGCCGCGGCCACGCUGCGACCAACGCCUCGACCUCCUCAUCGAGUCCGCGUGCCGCACCCGGAUGACUUCACAGCGCUCGCCGCCGCGCUCCAUGACGCAGGCUAUCGCGUCGAGGUCGUCGUCUUGGCUGUGCCGAGGCCGCUCAGCAGACUGGGGAUCCUAACGCGCUUCCACGAGAAGCUUCCCGAGGCGGGGAGCCGUGGGCUGCCAGUUCGCCUGACACCCAUCAAGGUCCACGACGACUCGUACAACGGACUUUUGAACGCUGCGCAGUGGAUCGAUGAACAUCCCGAGACGGUUGAUCAGGUUCUUGUCGUGAGGAGGGGCAACCUCGUCGCCUUCUGCGAUGCCAAGGAGCGUCCUGACGGGAAGUUGAAGGGCCAGGCAGCGGCGGCGAUCGUCAGGGAAAGGGAGCGACCCUUGACAGACGUGGAGAAGAACACUGCCGCAGAGGAUCUCGCCAAGCUGGAAAAGAGGGACACGGCACUGGCUCAGGAGCUGAGGAGCAUGCUUGCACCCCUCCUGGCCGAAAUCGAUCCGUCAAGCCUACAGCAACUACUGCCCCUGGAGUUUCCCACCGAGAGAUGUAGGCGGGAUGCCACCCUUUGGCUGGGUAAUAGUUGA